UUCCUCAGCUUCAACAAAACUUAAAUUCCAUUUUUGCCUUGAACAGUAGAACAGUAGCAACGGUUCACAUGUUCACUAACGGUUAAGAGGGCAUUCCAUUUGGCGGGAGAUCAUCCAAGAGCCACUUAGAGUGCUCUCAUUCUUCGUCGUCUUUUUCGUCUUCUUCUUCUUCUUCUCGAGGAUUGUUAUAAGAAAAAAGGGUUUUCAAAUCAAGCAGCCAUGUGGAGUCUUGAUUCUGAUUGGUAUUCUCCCAAAAGCCUCCUCAGCAGCCCCACCUAUUACGAUUUUCCGGGUGAUCGCUUCAUUCCCAACCGGAGUUUGAUGGAUCUUGAUCAAGCGAAGAGUUUGUUGACAAAUAGGACCAAAAAAUUUCAAAAUCCAAGUUUUGAUGAAAUGUACAGGCAGAAAGUUGAAAAGAAGUUGACUUCGGAUGCAGAUGGUAGACCAUUUAGAAUGUUGGUUUUCAGAGGAAGCCCAAAAUCAAGUAGAAAGUCUAUUCGUCACAUUGAUGAGAUGCGAGAAGAAGAGGCAGCCGCAUUACAAAAUAGUACCAAUCAGCAUCAGAUCCGUCAAUUGCCUAAGGGAGAAGCAAGGAUAUUGGAUGCACCAAACCUUAAGAAUGACUUCUACUUAAAUAUUAUGGAUUGGGGCAAGAAUAAUGUUCUUGGUAUUGCUUUGGGCUCAGAUUUGUACCUGUGGAACGCAGAGAAUAGGAAUGUAAUUAAGCUGUUCCAAGCCAUUGGCAGCGAUUAUCCCACGAGUGUUGCCUGGUCUGAAGAUUCCCAAUUUGUUGCAGCUGGCUUUAUGUCCUCUAAACUUCAACUGUGGGAUGCUGAGACUUCCAAAGCCGUAAGAAGUCUCGAAGGUCAUGAUGGAAGGAUAGCAACCUGUGCAUGGAAUGGUCACAUUCUAACAUCGGGAAGCCAAGACAAAUCUAUAAUCAACCAUGAUGCAAGGGCAAGAAGUAACGUGAUUUCCCGGCUACAGGCUCACUCAGAAGAGGUUUGUGGAUUGAAAUGGUCAGGAAGAGGCAAUAUCUUGGCAAGUGGUGGCAAUGAGAAUCUUUUAUAUAUAUGGGACUCCGCCAAAAUGAGUUCAUCCAAUUUCUUGAACUGUUUUAAUGACCAUUGUGCUGCUGUUAAGGCCCUUGCCUGGUGCCCUUAUCAAUCAGAUGUACUUGCAUCUGGAGGUGGCACACAAGAUGGAAGUAUUAAGUUAUGGAAUAUCCAAAAGGGAACUUGCAUAUGCAGCAUAGAUACCAAAGCUCAGGUUUGCGGACUAGAGUGGAAUAGGCACCACAAGGAGAUAUUAAGUGGUCAUGGGUUUAGUACUAGUUCGCAUCAGAACCAACUAUGCUUAUGGAAGUAUCCAUCCAUGAUUAAUGUAGGAUGCUUGAACCGUCAUGCUUCCAGAAUUCUCCACCUAGCUCAGAGCCCUGAUGGUUUGACGGUGGUAUCUGCUGGGGCAGAUGAGACUCUUCGGUUCUGGGAUGUUUUUGGUCCACCCAGUAAAGAAGGUUCAGAGAUGUCAGAGCUGGAUAAUCUCUUGUCUCUCAAGAUAUCCCCAAUAAGAUGAUGUGAAGGAGUUCGUUCUUUUAAGCUGGAUUAGUUUUGUGUAAAUAUUUGUUAUUGAUUGCUCAGUAUGAUCUGUGUCCAAUAAAUGAUUUAUUGAGAAAUACGUGUAAUUGGUGAGGAACA